UUUAAAACGGUUCCCCACACUCCGCCGCUUCACAGCUGAAUAUAUUAAGCCUCCAAAUAACCGGUAUUUAUAUUCGCGAGGCGUCCUCGGUCCGUCUGUGCUGUCUCCUAAAGAAACAAGCACAACCCGCACCUGUGUCAUAAAAGCAGUUUCAGACAAAUUAAAGCCCAGACAAGAAGUGCGUGUGCUUUUAUUCCGAUGAGGAUAUUAUUAAAUGGGGUUCUAGAGCUCAUUUGUGCCGCGGUGGAUUUGGAAGCGGAUUUAUUCUGUUUGGGAUCUUGUCACUGGAGCAGAGGAAAACAGCAGAGACAGCAAAUCCGAUCGGAUUGACAGGUUCUUCAUCAGGAUGUUGCAGUGAUUGCGGCGAAACAUCUGGUCAUGAUGAUGUGGAAUUUUGGGAACCCGACCUGUAUUAGUCAGGCCAACUGUUACAGCAAUGCUUCCAAAGACUACUGUUACUCGGCCCGGAUCCGCAGUACCGUGCUGCAGGGACUGCCCUUCGGAGGGGUUCCCACUGUCCUCGCGCUAGACUUUAUGUGCUUCCUGGUUCUUCUUUUUGUCUUCUCCAUCUUGCGGAAAGUGGCAUGGGAUUACGGCCGUCUGGCCCUGGUGACCGAUGCUGACAGACAGAAGAGAAGAUUCAGCGGUCUGGAGGAGCGGGAGUAUGUGGCUUCAGCUCUUCAUUCUGAAACGCCAGACCGAUAUGAACGUCUCACCUCCGUCUCCAGCUCAGUGGAUUUCGAACAGCGAGAUAACGGCUUCUGUUCCUGGUUGACGGCCAUAUUCAGAAUAAAGGAUGAGGAGAUCCGGGAGAAGUGUGGUGAAGAUGCCGUUCAUUACCUGUCGUUCCAGCGGCACAUCAUCGGUCUGCUGGUUGUGGUGGGUGUGCUGUCAGUGGGCAUCGUUCUGCCGGUCAACUUCUCAGGCAACCUGCUGGAAAAUAAUGCAUACAGCUUUGGACGCACAACAAUCGCCAACUUGAAUUCUGGAAAUAACCUUUUAUGGCUGCACACAUCCUUUGCCUUCAUGUACCUGCUCCUCACCGUGUACAGCAUGAGACGCCACACGUCCAAGAUGCACUACAAAGAAGAUGAUCUGGUCAAACGCACUUUAUUUAUCAACGGCAUCUCCAAAUAUGCAGAAGAAAGCCAUAUAAAACAGCACUUUGAACAGGGGUACGAGAACUGUGUCGUACUGGAAGCGCGUGUUUGUUACAAUGUGGCCAAACUGAUGUCCCUCAACGCCGAGAGGAAGAAGACUGAACGCAGUAAGAAGUUUUUCACGGAUCUGAUGGCUAAGGAGCACAUCCCUGCCAUGAUCAACCCCAAACCCUGCGGUCACCUGUGCUGCUGCGCCAUUACAGGCUGUGAAGAGGAGGAGGCUGUGAGUUAUUACACCAAACUGGAGGCCAAACUGAAAGAGGAGUACAGGAAGGAGAAGGAGAAAGUCAACACCAAACCUCUGGGCAUGGCCUUCGUCACCUUCCAGAACGAGGCCAUGACUGCAAUCAUCCUGAAGGACUUUAAUGCGUGUCAGUGUCAGGGCUGUAAGUGUCGUCAGGAGCCGCGCUCCUCUCAGUUCAGUGACGGUCUUCAUGUGUAUGACUGGAGCGUCAGCUACGCGCCGGACCCCCAGAACGUGCGCUGGGAGAAUCUGUCAUUGGGAGGAGUUUCCUGGUGGCUUCGCUGCUUCAUCAUUAACUGCAUCCUCUUCCUCCUCCUCUUCUUCCUCACCACUCCGGCCAUCAUCAUCUCCACGAUGGACAAGUUCAACGUCACCAAGCCUGUGGAGUAUCUGAACAACCCGAUCGUGACUCAAUUCUUCCCCACACUGCUCCUCUGGGCCUUCUCCGCCCUGCUGCCCACCAUCGUCUACUACUCCGCCUUCUUCGAAGCCCACUGGACCAGGUCGGGUGAGAACAGGACCACGAUGCACAAGUGCUACACUUUCCUGAUCUUCAUGGUCCUCUUGCUGCCGUCUCUGGGUCUCAGCAGUUUGGAUGUUUUCUUCCGCUGGCUGUUUGACAGAAAAUUCCUGGCCGAAGCCACCGUCAGAUUUGAGUGUGUCUUCCUCCCUGAUAACGGAGCGUUUUUUGUGAAUUACGUCAUCGCGUCGGCGUUCAUCGGAAACGCCAUGGAUCUUCUGCGGAUUCCAGGUCUGCUCAUGUACAUGAUCCGGCUGUGUUUGGCUCGAUCGGCUGCGGAGAGACGCAACGUUAAACGGCAUCAAGCCUAUGAGUUUCAGUUCGGAGCCGCCUACGCCUGGAUGAUGUGCGUUUUCACCGUCGUUAUGACGUACAGCAUCACCUGUCCAAUCAUCGUCCCCUUCGGACUGAUGUACAUGCUCCUGAAGCACCUGGUGGACCGCUACAACAUGUACUACGCUUACCUGCCCUCCAAACUCGACAAGAAGAUCCACUCAGGAGCCGUCAAUCAGGUGGUGGCUGCGCCCAUCCUGUGCCUCUUCUGGCUGCUGUUCUUCUCCACCAUGAGGACAGGGUUUCUGACCCCGACGUCCAUGUUUACCUUCGUGGUGCUCAUCAUCACCAUCGUGGUCUGCCUGUCGCACGUGUGUUUCGGUCACUUCAAGUACCUCAGCGCACACAACUACAAGGUACGAGUUACAGGACUGCAGAUCGACACCAAGGACACGGAGGUCGACGGAGUGGAGAACGGACGUCCUGCUAGAUCCUCACCCUCCAACAAAUCUCAGCAGCAGAUGUACAUCGCUCAGGUCCUGCAGGACCCAAACUCUGACGAGACCGGAGCGGGCAGCGGAGAGUCCUCGCAGGACGAGGAGAUGAUCAACGGCGGGAACAGCCUAAACGAAGCCGACUUCCAGUCCGGAGAGGACAGUCUCAUCGCCAACGAGGUCCACCACUAACAGAGCCGAGAGGACGACAGGCCUUCAUCCGCACACGUGUGUCUGUCUGUCCCCGCAUCAGCACCUUAGAGACCCACCUCUGCCAAAACACUCGGACUGUACAUACGCUUGCAAACCAUUGCAUGAACACACUCGUCCGGAAGCUCAAAGACUUCCCGGAUCUCCCUUUUCGAAAAACAUCCAAGUUUGGAUUAAAAAAUAAAAAAUAAGAAAACGCCUCAGGAAAUGGAAUAACGGAUGGGAAAACGUCCUGUUGUCGUCGCGCUCGUUCUCCCAUGGUACGCCUUAACAGCGAUAGUGUUCCUCGCCGGCUUUAUUUGCUCGCUUUUUCUUGUUCUUUGCCUAAACGAUUGGAUCCGGCAUUCCAAAGGAAACGUGCAAUAGCGAGAGCGUAUCGGCUUUAGACUGUGUUCACUGUACUGAACACUAACAGACUCCGGCGAACUUCUCCCCGAUGUACAGUGUGUUAGUGUUGUCACUCAAUGACCCAUAUUCUUACCUUUUUGUUUUGGUAUUUUUAACGCUAUUUUGCCUUUAACGGAUGUGUUUGUAUCCCUGCAACGGAGUACUGACGUUCCCGUCUUUGUAGCGCAGUAGAAACCGCUCGCCGCUCAUAACGUGACCUUAAAGACUAGAUGCAAAAAAAAAAAGCGAUGGAGAAUCAACGAUUCGAGACGUUUGAGAAGAGUCGUAGUUUAUCGGGACUUUAGAAACCGAAUCCCUGUAGUUUGGAUGGUGUAAACGAGGACGGGUUUCUUGUUAGGUGCCUGCUUUUGUAUGAAAUGUUUUGGCGUCGGAAAUGCGUUUAGUUACGAACGACUGAGUUAUUUUUCUUCUCUCUCUCUCUCUCUCCUUGUUGUAUAUUUAAACCUGGUGAGAUUGAUCUAAUCCGAGUACUAAUAUUAAGAGAAAUGUGGCCGUCACAUGAAGAAGCAUCUGACUGUGGAUACAAACGACGUCGCUUCAGUUCUAGUGAACUACAUGAGAAAUAAUAAACCCAGCGCUGGAGAAGCUGAGAUAACCCUUCAUUCUGAUUCAUUAACGAUAACGAUCAAGUGAAGAAUGAUCACGCUUAACUUCUCUCCAUUCUAUCUGUCUUAAAGAAACAGUUCACCCAAAAAUAAAGAUCAAUUGCUGACGAAGUCCUCAACCUCAGUCCAUCCAGGAUGCAGAUUGGUUUGUUUCUUCGUCAGGUUUGGAGAAAUGUAGCAUUGCAUCAGUGUCUCACCAAUGGAUGCUCUGCAGUGAAUGGGUGCCGUCAGAACGAGAGUUUGAUAAAAACAUCACAAUAAUCCACAGCCACUCCAGUCCAGCAGUUCACAUCUGGAGAAGACAAACGCUGCAUGUUUGUUUGAAACAAAUCAAAUAUAAAGACUUUUUUAACAAAUAUGUAAAUCUAUAUGGUAAAGGACAACUGGAGGAAACACUAUUAUGGAUUAUGGACUCAUAUUUGAGUUAAAAAUGUAUUUUUUGAUGUUAACUGCUGGACUGGAGUGGCUGUGGAUUAUUGUGAUGUUUUUAUCAGACUCUCAUUCUGACGGCACCCAUUCACUGCAGAGCAUUCAUAAUGCUACAUUUCUCCAAAUCUGAUGAAGAAACAAACUCACCUUGGAUAGCCUGAGUUAAUUUUUUUCAGUAAAUGGGGUGAACUACUCCUUUAGUCCAUCAAGAACUGAUUCGAGUUGCUUUGGUUUCUAUUGGAGCCAGUCAUGUUUUAGAGUGGCAUAUUGUCAAUAUUAAACAGGAAGCAGUUUAAGGGUUAAACAUGCGUGUCCACAACAUGUAAACAUCAGUUUUGCAGUACAUUACAGACCUCAGUCGGGUGAAGGAAGGUCUGAAUCUGCCUAAUUCAUGAGACACACGCAGAACAAAUGAGUGUUAAUCGUUUCGGUCUAAUAACAAUCAGUGUAAUGGUUUAAUUUGUUCUCGAGUGGAGUUAAACACAACAUCUACCCCGACUAAAGUCUGUAAUUAUUAUUAUUAUUAUGACAGUAUUUUGUGUUUUCACACCUGCUGCUGCACACGAUUCCUCUAGAUGCCAGAUCGUUUUCUUUCAUUUAUCAACCUAAAAUCACAUUUUCCAGUAGUUUCUGUGACCUAAAAGGUCCAAGCGAUCGAGUCUGAUUUCUGUUUGCGGUGAGUUCUUGACUGAUGGUUUGUAUUUGUGUUUGGGUUUCUGUUACUGUAUCCUCAAAAAAGUUCAAAACUGGAGACUUUUGUGAGAAAAGCUGGUGAUGAGGAUGAAUCUCUAGGAGGAUCUGUUACCGGUUUACAUCAUGAACACGCAAUAUUCAGCAAAUAACUGCUACUGACACGGCACAAAGUGACUUGAGCAUUGAAAUCGAAGAGCCUCAGGUGUUCUUUUCUGUUCCAAACGAUAAACAUGUUUACAUCUGUCAUUUUUACUUGUUUUCCUUCGGGAUUGCACCUUUCUCCUCGAUGGAGACACAGAUGGUAACCUAUGAAAGCUGUAGCUGUGUGUGUGUGUGUGUGUGUGUGUGUGGUUUGGAGGAAGAAGCUACACGCUGGAGAUACUGAUGUAUAUCUGUGUCUUGAUGAUGAGCGGAGCGUGUGAAUCUUCUGUGAGCACAAGAUAUUGAAAAGCACGCUUUGUAGAUGCACUAGAAGGUCAUUUCUUGGUUUCUGGUUCUGUCCAGAUGUUAGCGCUCCCUCGCCGGCUUCUUAUUGAGUUAAUGAAGUCUCUUCAGCAUUUGGCAGUGAAGUAACGAGCGGUGUGGGACGUUUUGUAUAAUCGUGUACAGGAAACUGUUUGGAGAUGCAAAUGAUGGAAGUAUUUGAUACCAGUCAUGUAUUAAAGAUGUGUCAAAGCUAGCUGUAACAAUGCAUUUUUAAUAAACCAUGACUUUAUUUUGUUUUGUUUUAUAAGCUAAGCGUUUAAGUUAUGAAGUGCACGAUGUCUUUUAGAAAGAAAACACUGGAGAGGUGAUUUUUGCGCAGAAGAACACGAGCUGUGCAUUAUGCAAGAAUGAAUCGCAGGUUGUUUGUACAAAAGUUGUGAUGCCGAUGUACAGUAUGUGUGAAAGGGGGCCGAACUUUAACAAGAUGUGAACUAAACCUGUUUGUGUUCCUCUAGUCUGCGCUCACAUUUAGGAGACGCAGACGGACCGCUCUAGAACCUGUGUGAGAUCUGUUCUGACUCUGUUUCUGUCCGAAGGUCGUCCUUAUGGUGAAGCAUUUGUCAUCUUCAGUUUCUUGAUCAAUAAAAGUUGGCUUUCAUUCUG